GAGACUUCCCGGGACCCUCCCGGUUGAGGGGGGGGGCUGCCUGACCGUUCCCGGGACCCCCUCUUUGCACCAUGGCGGUGAGAUUCCAGGUGGCCGACAUGGAGGAGCUGACUAUUUGGGAACAGCACACAGCCACGCUGUACAAGGACCCCCGCCGCGGCUUUGGCAUCGCCAUCUCUGGAGGCCACGACCGGACCAGCGGAUCUGUGGUGGUGUCUGACGUGGUACCCGGAGGCCCCGCCGAGGGCAGGCUUCAGACCGGGGACCACAUUGUCAUGGUGAAUGGUGUCUCCGUAGAGAAUGUCACCUCUGCUUUUGCCAUCCAGAUCCUGAAGACCUGCACCAAAACGGCCAACAUUACAGUGAAGCGUCCCCGCAGGGUCCAGCUGCCUGCCACCAAGGCUAGCCCCGCUGCUGGGCACCAGCUUUCAGACCAGGACGAAGCUGACCAUGGCCGGGGCUACGAGGGGGACUCCUCCAGUGGCUCGGGCCGAUCUUGGGGUGAGCGUUCUCGCCGGACCAAGACAGGUCGCCGUGGCCGGGUGGGCAGCCACGGCCGCAGGAGCUCCGGGGCUGGAUCCGAGGCCAACGGUCUGGACCUGGUGUCUGGCUACAAGCGCUUGCCCAAGCAGGACGUGCUCAUGAAGCCAACGAAGUCUGUGCUGGUGAAGCGGCGAAACAGCGAAGAGUUUGGGGUGAAGCUGGGCAGUCAGAUCUUCAUAAAACACAUCACCGAUUCCGGCCUUGCCGCUCGGAACCGCGGGCUGCAGGAGGGAGACCUUAUCUUGCAGAUCAACGGAGUGUCCAGUGCUAAUCUGUCCCUGAGUGACACACGGAGGCUCAUUGAGAAGUCGGAAGGGGAGCUGACGCUGCUGGUGCUGAGGGACAGCGGGCAGUUCCUGGUGAAUAUCCCUCCUGCAGUGAGUGACAGCGACAGCUCCCUUAUGGAAGACAUCUCAGACCUGACCUCGGAAUUGUCCCAGGCACCCCCAUCCCACAUCCCUCCGCCACCUCUGCAGGGUCAGCGGAGCCCUGAGGACAGCCAGACGGACUCUCCAGGGGAGACCCCACAGCCCCGGAGACGGGACCGGUCAAUGGAUUUGAGAGCGAUCGCUGAACCAGGUGAGCCACUGGCAAGGUCUCCUGGAGAAAGCCGCUAUGACAUUUACCGGGUCCCCAGCCGGCAGAGUCUGGAGGACCGUGGCUACAGCCCCGACACGCGUGUCGUGCGCUUCCCCAAGGGCGCGAGCAUUGGCCUGCGGCUGGCCGGCGGCAACGAUGUGGGCAUCUUCGUGUCCGGGGUGCAGGCAGGCAGCCCGGCCGACGGCCAGGGCAUUCAGGAAGGGGAUGAGAUCUUGCAGGUGAAUGGCAUGCCUUUUCGGAACCUCACACGGGAGGAGGCUGUGCAGUUUCUGUUGGGGCUGCCACCAGGGGAGGACGUAGAGCUGGUGACACAGAGCAAGCAGGACAUUUUCAGGAAGAUGGUCCAGUCCCGCGUGGGCGACUCCUUUUAUAUUCGCACACAUUUCGAGCUGGAGCCGAGCCCACCUUACGGCCUGGGCUUCACCCGCGGGGAUGUCUUCCACGUGGUGGACACACUGUACCCGGGCUCUGGGCCAGGCCAAGGACACGGCAGUAGCCGUGGGGGCCUCUGGCUGGCCGCCCGCAUGGGCAGAGAUCUCCGAGAGCAAGAACGGGGUGUCAUCCCCAACCAGAGCAGGGCGGAGCAGCUGGCCAGCCUGGAGGCUGCGCAGCGAGCAGCAGGCUUGGGGCCUGGCACCUCCUCAGGCGCCAACCCGCGGGCUGAAUUCUGGAGGCUCCGGGGUCUCCGCCGAGGGGCCAAGAAGACCAUGAUCCAACGGAGCCGGGAGGACCUGUCGGUGCUGACCAAGCAGGGACACUACCCACCCUACGAGCGCGUGGUGCUGCGAGAAGCCAGCUUUAAGCGCCCUGUGGUGAUCCUGGGGCCGGUGGCGGACAUUGCCAUGAAGAGGCUGACAGCGGAGAUGCCAGACCAGUUUGAAAUUGCAGAAAGCGUGUCCCGGACUGACAACCCAUCCAAGAUCAUCAAAUUGGACACCGUGCGGGUGAUCGCAGAGAGGGACAAGCACGCGCUCCUGGAUGUCACCCCCUCCGCCAUUGAGCGCCUCAAUUACGUGCAGUACUACCCCAUCGUCAUCUUCUGCGCUCCGGAGAGCAGGCCGGCCCUCAAGGCCCUCAGGGAGUGGCUGGCCCCUGCCUCCCGCCGCAGCAGCCGCCGCUUGUACGCGCAGGCCCAGAAGCUUCAGAAACACAGUGGCCACCUGUUCACAGCUGUCAUCCCCCUGCAGGGCACCGGUGAUUCCUGGUACCAGGAGGUCAAGGCUGUGGUGCAGCAGCAGCAGGGGCGACCCAUCUGGACCGCGGAGGACCAGCUGGACGGCUCAUCGGAGGACCUUGACCUGCCAGGCCAUGGCCUAGCUGCCAGCUCCGGCGACCUCAGCUGUGAUAGUCGAGCCAACAGCGACUACGAGGACACAGAUGGCGAGGGCGGCGUCUACACAGACGGCGAGGGCGAGGGCGGUGGACCCCAGGACUUGGAUGUGGAGACCCCACCCCCAGCCCUGUCCCGGUCCUCAGAGCCCACGUGGGUGGAAGACCACCAGGGGCUGAGGGAUCACGGGAUGACUGUGGCCGAGUGGGAGACACAGGCUGACGGCCGUCACCUCCGGGACCAAUGGCGCCAGGACAGCAUGCGGACCUACGAGCGUGAGGCCCUGAGGAAGAAGUUCACGAGAGCCCGGGAUGUUGAAUCCUCCGAUGACGACGGCUAUGACUGGGGCCCAGCCACGGACCUGUGACCUCAGAGGUCACGGGCCUGCCACUAGCCUUCUCUUUGGAGCCUCAAUCUCCUCUGCACAACCCAGAACUUUUGGACAUUUAAUAAAUCUUUAAUUUUUUUUUU